GCAGAAUUCAUCCUUCGAGUCCAGGUAUAUUCAACAGAUUGUCUGCCUACAACCAUGCUGCCGAGCCUCUACUCUCUGCCCAGCCUACUGGUCUGCAUCUUGUAUAUUGCGUCUUGUUCCGCUGGCCUCACUGUGCCUGUCUCUUACUCAAUCAACGGCAAUGACUUCAACAUUAGCGCGUCUAACAAGAUAACUCUGUCUUCGGACGGCAACACGCCAUCUGUUGUCGUCCUAGAUUAUGGAAGAAAUGUCGAAGGGUAUCCCACCUUCAAGGUUGUGCACCGGAGAGGCAACACUUCCGCCUUUGAAAUGUCUUAUGCUGAGUGCCUAUCAAGUCUUGAUUUCUACAUGUCCGACGGGCCGAUUACAUUGAGCGCCGCGAUGGACAACUACCGGGUUAAUCGCUACAAUAUCAGCGGUAAAUCAUCUGAGUAUAAAAAUCGGUUGAUCCAGGGCGGCCUUCGAUACCAGAAGCUCAAUCUGUCAUCUGCCGGAGAGUUGACCUUGACAAACGUGGGCUUUCUACCCACUGUUGGCGAUACCCCCAUUGCAAAGCUGCCUGGCUCCUUCCGUUCAUCAGAUCCUGUCCUCAACCGCAUUUGGGAGGUCGGUGCGCGCACCGUGCAAUUAAACGAAUUUCCCGCAAACUCACUGCCCGACUUCUGGGCAAUCACGGAAGAAGGCGCUCUCGUGGAGAGUCAGGCCCCUCAGCCUUUCUCAUCUGAAUAUGCCUCUGUGCUGACCGCGUAUGACCUAUCGUUUGCCGUCAAGGUCGUGAAGAACGGCUUUGGAUUCACCGUUCUCAGUGACACUCUAGGGUCCGGCGUCUACAUAUUCGUCAAUAUCGCAAAUGGCUCCAUCUCGGCGCACGCAGGCGCAACAGAGCUGGACUCGGAGCCUCUGGCUCGCGCUGUGCUACCCUCUUCAGUCGCAGAGGGUCUAUGGCUUCAGGUAUCUUCCACUGUGGAUAAUGGUCAUAUUAAAGUGUCCAUCGAUGGGUCUCAGCUGCUUGACUUUACUCAGGGCGGCAGUUUCAUGGGCUCAUUUGGCCUAGGAGCUUCAUUCAAUCAAGCCGCUGUCUUCACAAAUGUCUCGCUCACAGCGUUUGGUACCACCAUGUAUAGCUCCAAGCUCAACGACGAAUCGGCGCUCCAGGAUUUCCUUCUCGGCACGAAUCCCCUCCCGGUCAGUGUGGACGGCUCUCGUCGUGAUCGAAUUGCCUACGCUGGUGACCUUGACAUUGCCGCCGCCAGUGCUUUUGCGAGCACGGCCGGUCAUGAGUACGUCAAUGGGUCCAUCUCCCUACUCGGUUCCUUCCAAAUGACGCCGGGGUUCUUCAUUCCAACUGCAAAGGUGCAGCAGCCCCCACGGACAACAGACAUCCCUGCCAACAUCACAGGGCUCAUCGGAUACUCGUUCAACCUAGUCAGUGCGAUGAGCCGGUACUAUCAGCAGACUGGCGACAGGGCUUUCUUGUCUGAAUGGGCGCCAAAGGCCGUUAGGCUAUUUGACUGGGCAGACUCUCAGCUGCUUCCAAACGGCCUGUUGAACAUCUCCAAUCCGGCCAUGGGCGGAGACUGGAACUACUACGAUCCACAGGUUGGGGGUGUUGUCGCCAAGUUCAACCUUGUCUACGCGUACUCGCUGGCAGAGUCGCUGCCUUUCCUGGCAGACGCAGGUCUGAACGUAAGUACCUAUACUCGGCGUCUACGUGCACUCAAGGCCGCCAUCAACAAGCACCUGUGGAGUGAUGAUCUGCAAGCCUACUACCACUCCGAAUCGUAUCCGGGAUUCAUCUCGCAGGAGGCAAACGCCCUGGCUAUCCUCAGCGACACUAUACGAACCGAUAGUGGGAACCGUUCCGCCACCGGAUUGCUAGCUAGCAUGUCCGAAACCCUGAAUGUUCCAGCAGGCGUCUUGGCCUUUUCUCCCUCCGCUGCCUCCAGCGGAUGGAGAAAGAAGAUCAGCCCCUACGCCUCGGGAUACCAUCUCAAGGCUGCCUUCCACGCACACGAUGGGGCCACCGCGAAGCAUUUACUCAAUACCAUCUGGGGCCCUAUGAGCAACCCUCAGAACGCAAACUACACCGGCUGCUUCUGGGAAGUGCUGAACGAGGAUGGCACACCGGGGUUGGGGAUCGGCACCUCGCUCUGCCAUGCGUGGGCGGCAGGGCCGACUGCGGACCUCAGCCGGUAUGUCCUGGGCAUUGCACCGGUUACGCCGGGGUUCGUUGAAUGGAAAGUCGAGCCACAGACCCUAGAUUUGCAGUCGGCAGAGGGCAGACACCCGGUACCGCAGGGUGCUAUUGGGGUCAACUGGAAGUUCGAUGACAAGGGACUCCUAAAGAUGACCGUGACCUGUCCGCACGGGACGAGUGGCACUGUCUACCUUCCCUCUCCUCUAAAGCGACGCAUCGAAAAGUAUCGAGUUACCGGCGGGCGAAUCAACAAGGAUGGAAGCUUCAACGUCCAUGGUCGCACCUUCAUCUAUCAGCAGAUCGCCUAGACGUGGCUUCUUUCAUGGUGAAGCAUUCCUAGGCGGUUUGACUAGCUUCUUAGAAAUGGUAAAAUGCUCUUAUAUCAGUGCUUAGGGCGGGUUUAGUGCACAUUGUCAACAUUUGUUGUAGGAUGAACCACAACCAUCCGUCCACUUCUGCCUGAUGCCCUGCAUGACUCUGCUUUUGAACGUGCUUCCACUGUUUCUUUGUUCUUGCUUCGAAGCCUCGGUUAUAUUGCAGUGGGCCA